GCAAAAAAAUUAAAAAAAAUACAAAAGCAGCAUCCAGGAUGAAUGCUUCGGAGUGCGACAGUCUGAUCGCUUCGGUCGAGUGGACCGAACCGAAGAAGAUCCUGCUGCUGGCGAUACUGAUCUUCAUCGACGUGCUGGUCAUCGUCGGCAACACGCUCGUCGUGGCCGCCGUCACCAGUUCGCAUAAGCUUAGGAGUGUUACCAAUUUUUUCAUCGUUAGUCUAGCCGUUGCCGAUUUGCUAGUCGGAUUAGCUGUAUUGCCGUUUUCGGCCACCUGGGAGGUGUUCAAGGUGUGGAUCUUCGGAGACGUGUGGUGCCGCGUGUGGCUCGCCGUCGACGUCUGGAUGUGCACGGCGUCGAUACUGAACCUGUGCGCGAUCAGUCUCGAUCGCUACGUCGCCGUUACCCGUCCCGUGACCUACCCGAGCAUCAUGUCCACCAGGCGGGCCAAGUCGCUCAUCGCCGGGCUGUGGGUGUUGUCCUUUGUGAUCUGCUUUCCGCCGCUGGUCGGGUGGAAGGAGCAGAAAGUGAAAGAGAACCUAUAUUAUCAGUAUGGAAAUCAAACGCUGGUGUCAGUGACACCACCGUCAUCGUCCUCCUCAUCGUUAUCGUCUUCGUCAUCCUCGCCAUCAUCACUGUUAUCAUUGCAAUCGCUACCAUCAUCACCGUCAUCAGCAGCAUCAUCAUCAUCAGCCUCAUCGUCAUCGGUGAUAUCUUCACCAUCAGCCACAGCGGCAAGCGCCGCGGACAUCCUGCUGGGGUCGAUGACGCUGGUGGAAGGCGGACCGGAGCCGCCGGCUCCGAACCCACCCUGUCCGUGGACAUGCGAACUGACGAACGACGCCGGAUACGUCGUCUACUCGGCCCUCGGGUCCUUCUACAUCCCGAUGUUCGUCAUGCUGUUCUUUUACUGGCGCAUUUAUCGGGCCGCCGAACGGACAACCCGGGCCAUCAAUCAGGGCUUCAGGACCACCAAAGGAAUCGGCAAUCGGUUCGACGACAAUCGGCUGACGCUGCGGAUUCAUCGCGGACGUGGUUCGACGACGAGCACCCACGGAGGUUCUUCGAGUCAUGCUCAGCAGCAGCAUCACCAUCAGCCGCACCUCAACAAUCCGCACCUGCAUGACUCGCCGCACAGCAACGGCAGUACGCACAGCACGACGACCAGCCUGGGCAGUGCCUCUCCGGAGCGGCUGUCCCGCUACAUGACGCGCUGUAAAAACCACGAAAAAAUCAAGAUCUCAGUUUCCUACCCGUCGACGGAGAACCUAAACCAAAGCGCCUCCGGCGAGGGCAGCAAGCUGCUGUACGCAGUUCACUACUCCUCGAACGGAGGCAAAGAGCACACGGCGUCGCAAAUCUUCCGACGAUCCUCGAAGGAGCAAAGCGGGCAGUACCUGACGGUCGAGGGUCGCGAGCGAAAUCUCCUUUCGCCACGGUCCAGCAAACGGAUGGGCAAGCGAAACAUCAAAGCCCAGGUCAAACGCUUCCGGAUGGAAACCAAAGCGGCCAAGACGCUGGCCAUCAUCGUUGGACUGUUCAUCCUCUGCUGGUUGCCCUUCUUCACCAUGUACCUGAUAAGACCGUUCUGCGACGACUGCAUCAACGAGCUGCUGUUUUCGAUCGUGUUCUGGAUCGGGUACUGCAACUCGGCCAUCAAUCCGAUGAUCUACGCUCUGUUCUCCAAAGACUUCCGGUUCGCAUUCAAACGUCUGAUAUGUCGGUUCUUCUGCUCGGCAGAAGCCAUGCCUCGGCCGGCAAGCCGGCGCGGUUCGGAAAUGUCCCAAUUUCGAGGGCAUGGCGGACGAACGCCCAGCAUUUCUCCGUCCGCAGCGGCUCAAUCGAUCGGCGACGACAGUGACCCGAUGGGCGACCUAUCCGACAGCAGAUGA